UUUGAUUUCGAGUCCCGCUGUGAGGAUGGACACCCGGUUGCUGGUUUGGCUCUGCACCAUCGCUGCCCUGUCGGGAACCCGGAGCCCCGCGGCUGCUGCGGGGAGAAGCUGCGCUGACACCCGGCAGGUGUACUCAGAGAAGGGGUACAGCACCAGCACCGCGCCUGUGACUCAGAUCUCCGGUGAGCACCUGCGACUUUGUCCUCAGGAUUAUACCUGCUGCUCCAGUCAGAUGGAGGAGACUCUGUCCCUUCAGAGCGAGAGGGACUUCUUGAAAGCCAUCGAAGACAACAGCCAAUUCCUCUUGACCACCUUCACACAGAGACACCGCCGAUUUGAUGAGUUCUUCAGGGAGCUUAUAGACCUUUCCGAGAAGUCUAUGAACCAGAUGUUUACCAAGACCUACGGCCGCCUCUUCACUCAGAACACACAUGUCUUCCAGGAGCUGUUCGUGGAGCUUCGGAGAUAUUAUUCCGGGGGCAGUGUGAGUUUGACAGAGGUCUUCUCAGACUUCUGGUCCGGACUUGUAGAGCGAGUCUUCUCAUUGGUCAACCCCCAAUAUCAGUUCAGUGAUGACUACCUGGAGUGUGUCAGCAAACACACUGAGCAGCUACAGCCGUUUGGAGAUGUUCCUCGCAAACUUCGAGUGCAGGUGUCCAGAGCUUUCAUAGGUGCUAGAGCUCUAUCUCAGGGCCUGGCUUUUGGUCGGGAUAUGGUAAAUACGGCCAAAAAGUUGACAGCAGAUUCAGAGUGUGUGCGUGGCCUUAUGCGUCAGUGGUACUGCCCCCUGUGUCGAGGCUUGCCCUUUCUCCGACCCUGCCACUCGCUGUGCCUUAACGUGAUGAAGGGAUGCUUAGCCAAUCAGGCAGAGCUGGACACAGAGUGGAACAAUUUCAUAGAUGCUCUCUAUGUGGUAUCUGAGAAGCUGGAGGGGCCGUUUAACUUUGAGCUUGCAGCCGACUCCAUUUCUGUAAAAGUGUCUGAGGCCAUUAUGCACAUGCAGGAGAACAGUGUGAGCAUCUCCAGAAAGGUGUUUCAAGGUUGUGGGAAUCCAUCUCCAGCAAGGAACAAACGUUCUCCCAGCGAGUCAGAAGGGAACAGGAAGCCCUUUCGCACCUACACCCCCGAGGAGAAACCCACCACAGCUGCAGGCACCAACCUGGACCGGCUGGUUACUGAGCUGAAGGAGCGACUGAGGCCCAUGCGAAGCUUCUGGGUGUCCCUCCCACACACCAUCUGCAACGAUGAGAGGAUGGCUGCCGACGUCACUAAUGAGGACCGCUGCUGGAACGGGCAGACCCGGGGGAGGUACCUGCCAGAUGUUACAGGCAAUGGCCUCGCCAGCCAAAUAAACAACCCAGAGGUGGAGGUGGACAUUGCUCGUCCAGAUGUGAAGGUCAAACAGCUAAUCGUGGAUCUGAAGGUGGUGACCAACAAACUGAAGCAUGCUGAACGCGGACAGGAUAUAAAUUUCAUAGACAGUGAGGAGGGCAGUGGCUCAGGGGGUGGAGAUCAUGAUGAAAGGUACAGUGAUGACUGGCCAGGUUAUGGCCCUCAGUCUCCUCCGUACAGCAAAACCCCACGUAACCCCAUCUCCAAUCCGGCAAAGCCUCCGCGAGGCCGGGAGAGAAACGGGUCCAAGUGGAGCAGAAACAACGGCCAGGGGGGCGUCAAAGCCUCUGCCACCUCUCCUCAUCUGCACACUUCCUCCCUUGUUCCCUUGUUGUCUUUGCAGUUUGUGAUCACGGUUUCCCCCUUGUGGAGAUAGCUGGUUAUUACAAUCUGGAGGUGUCGUAGGGAGUUUUCUGUCAUGCUGCCGUCUUAAGCACAUUCUGAAGAUUUUAAAAAAGCAAUUCCAUUCCAAGGACAAACCCAGGCUAAAUUAGCAAUAAUAAAAACAUUUUUUUUACACUCACUGAAGAAAUCAAAAUGAAAUGAUCUCUCCCCAAUUAUCAAAAGCAAACAUUCCCCAAUUUUGAGGU